UGUGAUUGCACACUACAUUAACCAUGACUCAUUAUUUCAUGCUGCUUCAUUCUUAUUAUUCAUCUCUCAUUUCUUUACAGGUACUCUUUUGGUUGGGAGUCUCAGCUCCUUGAGACAGGUUUCCUUGCUAUUUUCAUGUGUCCUGUAUUCAAGCUACAGAAAGUUCCUCGCCACACCCCYACCCCCUGGGUAGUAAUUUAUGGCUACAGAUGGUUAAUCUUCAGGAUUAUGCUGGGAGCUGGAUUGAUAAAGAUAAGGGGAGACAAAUGUUGGAGAGAUCUGACUUGUAUGAAUUACCAUUAUGAGACGCAGCCUGUUCCAAAUCCGAUAAGCUAUUAUCUGCAUCAGUCGCCUGAAAUCUUCCACAAGUUUGAAACUCUCAGUAACCAUUUUGUUGAACUGGCUGCACCAUUCCUUCUCUUUCUUCCUCGUCCRUUCAGAAUCACUGGAGGGAUYAUUCAGAUUGCAUUUCAGGUCAUCUUGAUCAUUAGUGGUAACCUUAGUUUUCUCAAUUGGCUUACAAUCCUGCCAAGCAUAAUGUGCCUGGAUGAUGCAAGCCUUGCUUUCUUGUUCAGUAAUUCAUCAUCAGCAAAAACUGAGGUGGUUAAGAUACAACAAGCUAACAAAACAGGAAAUGCACCAAAAGCAUCUUGGGGUCUGUGUAUCCGUCGAGUGUUUGAAAUUAUGCUUGGAAUUGGCCUUGCAUAUCUUAGUAUUCCUGUUGUACAGAACCUCAUGUCAUCAAGACAAGCAAUGAAUACUUCAUUUGAUUCAUUUAGGAUUGUCAAUACAUAUGGUGCUUUUGGAAGUAUAACAAAGAAAAGAACGGAGGUGAUAUUCCAGGGAACGUCCAACACUACCAUCAUACCAGAUGAAGAUGGUGGGAUAUGGCAGGAAUAUCAAUUCAAUUGUAAACCAGGGAAUACUAAGCGCAGACCAUGUUUGAUAUCACCCUACCAUUACAGACUGGACUGGCUCAUGUGGUUUGCUGCUUUCCAGAACUAUCAGUAUAAUCCUUGGUUAAUCCACCUUGCUGCAAAGCUAUUGGCCAAUGAUGAACAGGCUACAUCACUGAUUGCAUUCAACCCUUUCUACAAUAAAACAGCUCCAAGGUUUGUCCGUGGAGAACACUAUUUGUAUAAAUUCACCAAGAUCAACAGCGUCAAGGCAGCUCAAGGCCACUGGUGGACAAGAAAACGCAUUGGGGUCUAUUUUCCAGCUGUAUCAUUAAGAGAACUUAAAGAGUUUUUGUUACACCAACGUUGGAAAAUACCAAAAGUUGCCAAGAGAAAASUAUAAAGUGUUGUCAGUACUUUAUGAGCAAGACCAGUUUUAUCUCAACAUGAAGUAAGGGAGCCCAGGCUCAGAAAGGAAAACCAUUCUUGAUUGUUUGAAAAGAUUUUAUUAUUUAGUAUGAUAACAAGGACUAGAGAAAUUAACGUGAAACUAACCAUCGAAUCACGUGAUCCAGCAUCCUUUCCAUGUUAUAUGGAUGAGCAAUCUCUGCUGGUUACAUUAAAAACUACAUCUCGGUGAAUCGUGUCAUGCAUUGGAGAAUAAUAUGUGGCAAAUAAAUGUUGGUAUUUGUGUU